UCCGGCUCCGGCUCGGCGGCGCCGCGGAGCGCCCGGCCCGGCGCGGGAGCUGCAGCCCCGGGCUGCCGGGAGCGCGGCUUCCCCCGCGGGACCCAGGAACGCCGUCCCAUCGGCGGGGCUGCGGGACGAGGCUGAGAGAACCGAGCUGCUGGAUGUAGAAGGGAAGUAGUCGUGCGCACGGAAAAUGCCUCUAAGGGACAAGUGUUGUCAGACUGACCACCAUCACCAUGGAUGCUGUGACCCAGUGCAUCUGUUGGAACCUGGUGAUCCUCCGUUAUUGCAGCAGCCUCUGCAAACAUCAAAAUCUGGUAUUCAGCAAAUCAUUGAGUGUUUUCGAUCAGGAACGAAACAACUUAAACAUAUCUUGUUAAGAGAUGUGGACACCAUUUUUGAGUGUAAAUUGUGCCGGAGUCUCUUCAGAGGAUUACCAAAUUUAAUUACUCAUAAAAAGUUUUAUUGUCCUCCAAGUCUUCAGAUGGAUGAUAACCUCCCAGAUACAAAAGAUAAGCAGAGUCAAGCCAUAAAUGACCUUCUUGAAGCAAUCUAUCCAAGGGUAGAUAAGCAAGAAUAUAUCAUUACAUUAGAACCUAUAGAAACUAAUCAAAAUGCUGUAUUUCAAUAUGUGUCAAGGACUGACAGCCCAGCUGAGAACACAGAAAGUAGCCAUACCCCCGAUCAAGCUCCAGUACAGAUCCAGGAACCCAGCACUGAGCAACCCAAGACUGUUUCAGCUCCAGCCCCAGUCCCAGCUGGGGAUACUGUAGAAUUACCUCCUGCUGAUCCUGUUACCAACAAGGUGAUACCUACUCCUGAAGAGCAGCCACCUGUGGUAAAUCCUGACUCCGACUCUCUGGAUAAUUCUGAUUAUGGCCACCAGCUGAUUUGUUGCCUCUGUAGGAAGGAAUUUCAUUCAAGACGCAGUGUACGCCGGCACAUUCGAAAAGUACACAAAAAAAAGAUGGAAGAACUAAAGAAGUAUAUAGAAACAAAAAAGAAACCAAACCAGUGCUCUGCAAAAGGACGAAAUAAGAAUGUUCUUGUUACAUUAGGUAGAAGUUGUCCUGUGUGUUAUAAAUCAUUUGCCACAAAAGCCAAUGUAAGGAGGCAUUUUGAUGAAGUUCAUAGAGGAUUAAGAAGGGAUUCCAUUACUCCUGAUAUAGCUACAAAGCCUGGGCAACCUUUGUUCUUGGAUACAGCUUCUGCUAAAAAAACUUUUAAGACCAGAAAACAAAAGUCGUCUUCAAAGGCUGAAUACAAUUUAAGUGCAUGCAAAUGCCUUCUGUGCAAGAGAAAAUAUAGUUCACAGAUAAUGCUGAAAAGGCAUAUGCAAAUUGUUCACAAGAUAAUUCUUUCUGGAAAGAACUCUAAAAGAGAGAAAGGACCCAACAGUACUACCAAUGGCACAGAAAUCAAAGUUGAACCAGCAGCUUCUGUAGAACCUUCACCCCCUUCCAUUGUGCUUUCUCCACAGAAUGAAUUAAAGGGAACAAAUCAUUCAAAUGAGAAAAAGAACACACCGUCAGCACAGAAAAAUAAGGUUAGACAGGACCCUGAAAACCCUAAAUCAACCUCUAAAUCAACCACUAAAUCAAGCACUAAAUCAACCUGCAAAUCAACCACUAAAUCAACCCCUAAAUCAACCAAUGCAUCUGCUGCAGGUGGCCAGCAAAAAACCAGGAAGCCAAAACUUUCAGCUGGCUUUGACUUCAAGCAGCUUUACUGUAAACUCUGUAAGCGCCAAUUUACGUCUAAACAGAAUUUAACAAAACACAUUGAAUUACACACAGAUGGAAAUAAUAUUUAUGUUAAAUACUACAGGUGUCCACUCUGCUCUUACGAAACGCGUCGCAAGCGUGAUGUGAUCAGACACAUAACUGUGGUUCAUAAAAAGUCGCCACGCUACCUUGGGAAAAUAACGGCGAGUUUAGAAAUAAGAGCAAUAAAGAAGCCAAUUGAUCUUGUUCUAAAUAAGGUGACAAAAAGAGGCUCUCAGAAGGAUGAAACAAAACAUAUUGGUUCAAAACAGGAUGUCACCUCUAAUUCUCCCAAUAAAAAGUAUGAAGGAGCUGAUGUUGGCAUUGAAGUAAAAGUAACAAAAAACUUUUCUCUGCACCGAUGCAGUAAAUGUGGGAAAGCAUUUGCCAGAAAAGCUUUUCUAGAACAUCACAAGAAAACCCACAAAGCAAACGUAUCUCAUUCACCUGAGGAAAGUAAAACCAAAGGCAGAAGUACAAGAUCUAAAGCUGUUGUCUGAUAGGUUCAAGUGAUGUUCGGAAAGUUUGAAGUUCAUUUGAAUGAAAAAGACUAGUUUGUUGGUGGAACUGCUAAUUCUUGAUAAUGGUACUAUAAGGAGAGAAUAUUUUCAUAAGCUGUUUUUUUUUUCUUACUAUACUAAUAAUCAUUCUGACUGCUUGUAGGACAGUACUACUUCCCAAAACACUGAAGUAGUUGAAGUGAAAUGCACAUGCUUCUAAAUUAGCAGUUAUCUCUAUGUAGUUGUAGUUUGACCCAGUAUAGAACAAACUUCUGAAAUUGAAAAAGAGUAUACAAGAGACAAAUUAAUGAGCAGCAGCUUUGGAAGAAGGUGGAUUUUCCUCAUUUAGGAAAUCUUCAGGAAACUCAUCGUGCAUACUGGUCCUCCCUGGCAGUGCUAAUUGAUGGACAGCUCAAACUUUGAUGUGAUACCCUACUUUGGUAAAUGUUGUAUUAUAUAUUGUUUUAAAUUUAUUACAAAUGAAUGUAUAAGAGCAAGAAAUGUAGUGUUUAUUGGCUGAAUUCUACUAAUUUUUAGUAUUUGCCAUAAAUUCAGUUUGUUCAUGUUGACUAAUUUCCCAGUUCAAGGACAUUCUGAAUUUCACUGUGCUGAAGUUGCUUCAGAGACCUCCAUUUUGUUUCCAUAUGUGGUUGAUAGGAAAACUUUGUAAACAUCUAGAAAGUUUACAAGAAUAUCCACAUUCCUCUAUUCUUUAAUUUUUAAAAAAAAUUAUACACAAGCACUUUAAUGAUAGUUGCAGUUUAUUUUUUCAGUUUAUUUUUGAAAGAUCAACACACUAAUGUUAAUAUGAAGGUAGUGAAUAUUUGCUGAUGUAUUAUAGACAAUCUGUGCACAACCACUUAUAAUGAUAGCUUAUUUCAAUAAAUAUUAAUAAAAAGGGAGGAUAGUUUGGGAGAAACUCAAAAUAUAUUUUCUCUCAAAAUCGUAAAUGACCACUAUGGGUAACACUUGACUUUGUGUAAUUGGAAAAUGUUUAGAUACCUUUUUUAAAAACUUUUUAAUCAAGAUUGUAGUAAAACAGUUGCAUGCCUACCAUUAUGAAGUUCUUGGCAGGUUUCAUGCAAUCGUGGGUUUUGUUUCAGGGGUUUCCUUUUGUUGUUUGGGGGUUUUUGUUGGUUUUUUGUUUAUUUUUAUUUUUUACCUUUUAGAAAAUAUUUUGUUUAGUGAUUUGUGUCAAAUUGCUACAAUUUGAAAGGUAUUGUACAUCAGAAGAAAUACCGUGUUUUUUAUAUCGGUUCACUCCCUUACUUAGGGAGGUACCUCGUGUUCAUAUAUACUUUUUUUGUAUAAAAUAUAUCUAAAUGUUGAUCACAAGAUCAGGAGUAAAAAUGCUUUUAUGGAUAGAGAACUAUUUGGCCCUGUUAGUGCAUUGCACUAAAAAUACUGUGAAUGGGAACUAAGAUUGUAGCUUUGCUCAAAAUGUUCUAUGUUGAAUGUACAUGCUUUUGUUUGGAUAAAUGUACUGUAUUUGAUGGAAAAUAAAGCAGACUGGAAAUGAUUUUUAAGUGGGCAUAAACAAAAAGAUGUUGUGUUUGUAAACUUGGGAUAUAUGUGACUCCACAGUCGGAAAUUACAUUGUUUGCAUUUUGUAAAGUUUUAUUUGUUGAUCAUUGAAGCUAGUUCUUUGUAAUAUUCUGUUGUAAUAAAUGUUGUUUUGUUUUUUUUUUUUAAUUAAAAAUUUGACAUUUGUGGAGUGAACACUUUA